AUGCCCCCCUCAACUCAACAACCGAUCCUAGAUCAGUCAAUCACCAAAGACCUAUCGAACCAUAUCUACGAGAAACGGAAAGCAACGGCAUUUCAAAUUGAAUCAAUAACCAAAUCAGCGUUGAGUCGUAAUGAUAGUCAAACAAUAUAUCGAAUCAUUCAUGAGUUAACCACAAUGACCAUGACCAGUGGGUCAAACUCUGCAAAAAUGGGUGCCAUUACUGCGUUAGGAAGUGUUUCGGUAGCCGUUGGUUCAUUUGCGAUUGCAUAUUUUCUUGACGACAUCAUUCGACCUAUAUUUGCCACGUUUCGUGACACUGAUGCUCGAGUACGAUAUUAUGCGUGUGAAUCGUUGUACAAUGUUGCCAAGAUCGCCAGAGGUGAGAUCUUACUCUACAUUAAUGAAAUUUUCGAUGUGUUGUGUAUAUUGGUGAGUGAUGCCGAGAGCAGUGUCAAGAAUGCGGCGGAUAUUUUGGAUAGGUUGGUGAAGGACAUUAUUAGUGCCAAAGCAACAAGCUAUGUGAGCAUAUUACAGCAACAGAAAGAUGCCCAGAAGUUGCAAGGACAACAAGAUCAAGGGGAGUUGACGUAUGAGGACUUGUUGAAAUCUCAAGGGAGUGAUGAAAUUGUUCAACUGACCAAUCCGCAAGAUCCAACUAAAGCAUUCCUGUUGCCCAAAUUCAUGCCAACUUUAUUAGAAAGGAUGUACACCAAUGAUCCCUUCACCAAGAAGUUUUUACUUAGCUGGCUUGAGCUAUUUGAUGAUAUACCUAAUCUAGAGUUGAUCAGUUUCUUGCCGAGUUUUUUCAAACCUUUGGUGAGAUUUAUUUUGAACAAUGCACCAAGUGAUAUUAAAUUGGAGACGCAAAACUUGUUGAAUGUGUUUUUGAAGGAAAUCAAGGGGAUAUCGAGGGUCAGGAUUGAAUAUAAGCGCAAGUUAAAAGAACAAGAGAUUGAAAAGGAGCAGAAAGAGAAACAGGAGAAGGAAGAGGAAGAUAAAGAGGGGAAGGAGAAGGAGAAGGAGAAGGAGAAGGGUGCAGAGGAUGAAGUGAAGAGGAAGUUGAGUGAGUUUGAAAAGUCGAAAAAUGGGGACAAGAAUGGUAAAGUGGAUGAGAUUAAUGAAAAGAGGGGAGAAGCGACUAAAGGAGACAAGGAGAAGAGGGUUGGAGUGGAAAGUCAGGAUGAGACUGCAAGUAUCAAGUCAUACGAUACUACAAUCAUUCAUAAGAAACUCGGAAACUUGUCAAUUCAGGACUCUACAGAAUUAAACCUUGAUGGACAAGGUUUGGAAGGGGAAGCCGAUCAAGAACUGGAUGAAGUGACGUUUGGGCAGGAUAUCUAUAUUGAUUAUCUGAAGAUCAUUUCCAUUUUGGUUUUGUUUUUACGUGAAUUUGAACAACAGGAAUUGGUGGCUAAAAAUGAUUUGCUUGUUGAUUCACGAGAAACUUAUUGCGAUGUACAAUUUAUCGCCUUAAAAUGGUUGCAGGCGUUGGUUGACGUGUCGCCACAAGAUGUACUUAAUGCGAUGCCUGAUUGUAUUUCAGUAACUUUGAAAAACAUCACGGUGACUGAUCAGACUCAAGAUGUUGAGUUACAAAACCAGUUGAUUGAUUUCAGUUUUAGUUUGCAGGCAUUUUUAAGUAAAGUUUACAACAACGUUUCGACAUUUGAACUAUUUGGAGUUAACGAGGAGAGUUUGGCCAACUUUAAUUCUGCCCAGUUGCCACAAACAUUAUCAGCUAUCAUCAAUGAGUAUUUGAAACCUGCUUCUUCGUUGGCAAUUGCAACUACAUCAACACCAACACCAACAAACAUAACGACUACAUCAGCAAGUGAGAAUGAGUUAUCACGGAUUACCUCGUUGGAAUGGCUUAUUUUUAUUUAUGAGCAUAACCCUAGUGGUUUUUUGCAAUUUUUCCAAUCAACUGACGAGUUUGAAUUGACAAAUUUGCUCAAGUACGAUUCCAGUAAUGAAGUUAUUCUCAAGGUAUUGCAAUUGUUGGCAAAAAUCUCAGAGGCAAACCCCGAAUUUUUUAAGAAUUUUAUCAUCAAGUUGUUAAAAUUGAUUCAGUUGGAAGGAUAUGAGAAAUCAAUCAAAGUUGACUUUAUCAUUAGAAAAUUAUGUCUCUAUUUGGAUUCGGAGAUUAUUUUCACAACCUUGUCGGAAGUGUUGCAACAACAAUACCAGCAACAGCUGCCACAGCAUAAGCCCCUGAAUCAAAGUACUCAACUGGGACAACACAGCCACCAGCCCCAUCAGAAUGAGAGACAAUCUCAACAUGAUGUUGCAGAUUUGCAAGACCAGUCCAAAUUGGAGUUUGCCAACAUGUUGAUUGUCACUUUAAACAAUAUCCUCCUCACAUCAAGUGAAUUGUUGCCCUUUAGGAAAAAGUUAAAGAAUCUAGAUAUAACGUCAGUAGACGACUGGUCAUUGUUUGCUACAUUAUUUCGAAGUUGGUGCUUCAAUGCGCCUAGUGCCAUUGCGCUCUGUUUAUUAACAUCGAAUUAUGAAUUGUCAUAUCUUUUGAUUAAAAACUUAUCAGAAUUGGAAGUUACGUCACAAUUGCUAACUCAGUUGGAUGUACUUAUCCAAUUGCUCGAGCUGCCAAUUUUUAUCAAGUUGCGAUUACAACUCCUUGAGCCGGAACAUUAUCCAUUUCUAUACAAGACAUUAUACGGAAUAUUGAUGAUAUUGCCACAAUCAAGCACUUUCAUGACAUUGAGAAACCGGUUAACCAUUUGUGGGUUCCCCGGUGGUGGAGGCGUAAGUGGUUCGGAAAUUAAAGGUGAAUUGUCGUUGCGGAAAAAGAGAAUUAAUGAGUUGUUGGAAAGGUUUAAGGAGAUUAACAAGAUUUAG